GCGACCGCUCAGGUCGUGUACGAGGAGCGGUACGGUCAGAGGAGCACAGACAUCGUCACCGUGGCCUUCAGCCCGACGCACCAGGCGCUGCGGGGUGUGGACCCGAACCAGAUAUACGGGUUCAGACGCGUGCCGAGCACGUGGGAGGCGGUCGCCAUCCAGGACGCUCUCGUGCAGGGGGCUGACGAGCUGCCCUCGGACCGCGAGCGCGUUGAUGGCGGGCCACACCUGCUCCUCGCUGGCGGCUCCUACCUGGAGUUCGACUUCACCUCAGCCGCCCCUGGACCAGGCGGUCCUGGCGCUGGCCCUGCCGCUCACGGGCCCGCGGGUGGAGCCGCCGCCGGAGCAGCGCCGUCCGCGCCACUGGUGCGCGCGGCCCGGGCCGGCGCCGCCACCGCCCCCGCCGCAGGGCCCCUCGCGGCCGCCGCCGGGCCGGUCGCCGGCGCCCCAGCGGGCGCCGCUGGCGCAGCGCCGCCGGCCGUGGCCGGAGUGGUUGGGCCGCCCGCCGUGCAGGCCCCAUUGGGGGUGCCCAUCGAGAGCACCGGUGGUGGCAAUCGUGGCGACGCUGUCCUGCUCAACGGGGCCGAGCGGACCGAGUGUGACAUCGGCCUCCCGAGACUGACCGCAGGCUGGGACGCCAUCCGUAGGAUCUCGUGGGAUCCGUUGGUGUCCCGGUGCGCGGUCGGCGGGGCGGACGUCAGGUUGCUGGGCGUGCCACCUCGACCUGGCGGCUCCUGGCAGCGACUGGGAUGGCACGAGGCGGUGCCGACGAUGGUGGAGAAUCACUUCCCCAGGUGGCUGCUCGACGGGAUCGGGACCAUGCCAUGGUGCGCGGAGUUCAUCGACAGGCCGAGGAACGGUCCUGUGGAGCACUACAACAGCUUCGUGGCCUUCUCCGAUCUCACGAGGGAGGAUUUCGGGGUCGCUCACUGUGCGAGCAUAGUGAGGAUGAUCGAGCAGCUCGAGUGCUGGGACCAGUGGGGUAUCCUCGACCUGGUGGCGGCGGAGCUGACCAUUCGUCAGGCGCAGCUUUACGAGUACAGGCCUUCUACGGAGUUCGAGGCGCAGCAGUCGGGAGGCUCGAGGGGCGGCGAUGAGGGCAACGGCAGGAAGAAGGGCCGAGGUCGGGGAGGAGGGCCCCCCCGGUACGGCAUCGUGGACGAAGCGGCGGUGUUCACAGGAGCGGCCAAGGAGGAUGGCCGCUCGAGGAUAUGCCCGCUGCUGCUGGAGCACGUCUCCAACCAGAUGGAGCGCGACGCAGGGAACCUGAAGCAGAUCAGGUCAGUGCGCAGGCGCCUUGAGAAGCGGUCGCACGUUCACGGCAUGGUCGAGGAGAUGACCGACGCGCUGAACGACCUGUGGGGCUGCCCGCCCGUGGCGCGCCGUCAAGCGCCCGCUGGCAUGCCGGUGCCUGCCGCUGGCCACGCCCUCGUCCUCUCGGAGCUCCGACAAGCCGCUGUGAGGUUUGGCCCGUGCCCAGAGGGCUUGGACGGUCCAGGAGCCCUUGAGGAGCUCCGGAUAUCUCAAUCAUACGAGGGUGACGCCACGUUGGUUGCCCCGGUGAGUUUCGACCUCGUCGACUCCAUCUCCCUGCCUCCUGCCGGCAGCCAGCCCGCCGCCCUGGAGGCUAUCGACGAGAUGGCAGGCCAGAACAUCGCUCGCCGGCUGAAAGAGUUACUCUUGCCCCAACAGCUGGGGAUGGAGCGCAUCAAGGAGGUGGGUCCGAGACGGCUCUACACGGACCCUGCCCUUCGCAACCCGCGCCUCUAUAAAAUGGUGGUGCGGCGGCUUAUGAGCGCCGGGCUGGUGGACUUCAGCAGCUCGGCGGAGUGUUACGUUGGCAAGAAGAACGGGUCGCUGCGGAUGAUCCUCGACGGGAGGCACGCUUCGCUUAGGUUUGCGCCCGCAGACCCCGUGGAGCUGGCGACGGGCUCAGCGUUCGCCCAGAUCUCGGUCGACGGCGACGAGCCCAUCAGCAUCGGGGGGGUCGACAUCUGCGACGCGUUCUACCAGAUCGAGCUCCCACAGUGGCUGCGCCGCUACUUCGGGCUGCCCAAGGUGAGGGCUGGCGACCUCGGGCUGGCGAACCUGUCCGACGGCACGCCCGUGAGACCCUCGGCCUGGGUGGUACCGUGCUUUCGGUGCCCGCCGAUGGGCUGGAGCAUCAGCCUAUGGAUAUGCCAGAGCCUGAACGAGGCGGUGACCGCCCGAGCGCUUCCUGGCCAUUUUGGCCGUCGACUUGUGGACCGUCGGCCCGCGCCUGACCUGCAGCAGGGAAUGGCGCGCACGGUCUACGUCGACAACUUCAUCGCCCUGUCCCACAGGCUGCGCGAGGUGCGUGAUGCAGCUACUGCAGUACAGGGGGAGCUGACUGUUUCAGACCUUCCCUCGCACCCCGUGGAGGCAUCAGUCGGCGGGGACACGCUGGGCUGGCACUUUGACGAGGACAAGCCCGUGAUCGGCCUCAGCGUUCGGCUACGCUGGCGGCUUCGCCUCGGCAUCGGCGAGCUGCUGGAGCAAGGCUGGUGCAGCGGUCACACCAUGAUGAAGGUGAUAUCGCACUUCACUUCGAGGGCGCUAAUUCGUCGAGAGCUGCUGAGCUGCCUAGGGGCCGUGUACGGCUUCAUGGGCGACGGCGGCCGCGAGAGGCGGCGGCUGACGCCGGCAGUGAGACGGGAACUGGCUUGGUGCCGCGCACUGCUGCCUUUGUGUUUUCGAGACGCCGGGCGGCCCUUGUCGCCUGUCGUGUCCUGUGUGGACGCCUCGUGGUGGGGCGCUGGUGUGACAGAGAAGACCAUCACCUCGGACCAAGCUCGUCGUUUGUCUAUCUUCAACGAACGAUGGAGGUUCAGUCGGGAUGGCGAGCAACAGGUUGCCCCUCGCGACAAGGCCUUAGCCUCGGAGAGCAAGCAAGCUCAGCGUAUCACCUCGUCAUGCAUCAAGCAAGCCUCGUCGGAGCCCUACCGCGAUCCAGCAGUCAUAGCAGCAGCCAUGGAGCAGCAGGUCCCGUUCCGAGUCGAGCCGAAGCCGAAUCAGGGGGAUGAAAUCACGUUCGAGGAGGUGCCCGAGGAGGUCUGGGCGGAAGGCGGGCUCACAGGAGGCCGACUGCGGCUGCGGGUGCUGUGGGCGCUCGCCAGCUGCAGGGCAGGCCGCAUGCAGCGCCGGAGACUGCAGCGCGCCCAGCCGAGGGGCUUGACCCUCCUGGAGGAGUUCCUGGACGGGGGCAAGAGCAGCGCCGUGUGGAUGCUGAUGGCGGCCUUUGCCUUCGUGCGUUCGACCCUCGGGCCGCGGCAGUGGCGCCAGCUGUGGGCGGCACGGGCAGCCAAGACCUGGUCCUGCCUGGCGCCGCCGCGGCCGCGGCUGACGCUCUCACGGCCUGUGGUGUGCCUCAUCGUGGUGACGUUGUGCUGCAGGGGCCUGGAGGAGUACGCUUGGCCCACCGCGCCCACGCUCGACCUGCACCCGAGGCCGCGCGAGGCGCUGGAUUUCGUGCAGUCGCAGCUCAUCCCGCCAAGGCUCACCGCUGCCGUGGGGCUGCACCAGUGGUGCAUGGUCCUCCAGCUGUCCGACAUGCAGACCCCAUCCCUGACAGACAUGCUCGACGAGACCCUGCGGGCGGGCUUCACCCGCUCCCCGAGGGCGCCACGCCCCGAGCAGGAGCCGCACCACCGGACGCCCGGUGGCCACCGCCCUUUUCCGGUGGCCCAGGCGCAGUGGAGCGGCCACGUCAAGGCCGUCUUUGCCGGGCUCGGCCUGCAGGUCUGGAGCAACCUGAUGCACGGGCACAAUGGCGCAAGCCACGAGCUGUUCGCGGCGGCGCGGCCUCUGCGGGACAUCCGCAUGCGCGCCAGGUGGUCGACCGACGCCGCGCUUCAAUGCUACGCCGAGGGGAGGCAGGUGCAGGAGCAGCUUCGCGGGCUGCCGCGCGCCCUGCCGCUACGUGCCGAGCAGGUCUUCAGCGGCUCCGGGCGGAUGGCGGCAGCGUGGCGCCUGCGUUUCCAUUCGCAGCAUGCCGCUUUCGAGCUGGACAUCCGCCACGACGCCGACAGCGACCUCCUCCUCAGGCGGAUCAGGCAGCAGGUUCGAGGCUGGGUGCGGAGUCGGCUCAUCGUCGCGAUCUGGAUUGCGACGCCCUGCCAGUCCAUGAGCCGCGCCCGCAACCGCCCCAACGG